AUGGCGGAGGCGGGCGAGCAGCCUCCCCCAUCCCCGCCGUGCGAGGCCCGCAGGGAGGGCGCGGAGGAGCCCCCGGAGGGGGGCGGCGCCGUGGCGGGAGCCGCAGAGCCGGGCGGCGCCGCGGCCGGUUCGCCGGGCGUCGAAGAACCCGCCGGCGACGCCAAGAAGAAAAUCGACGUGCUGCUCAAGGCCGUGGGCGACACCCCCAUCAUGAAGACCAAGAAGUGGGCGGUGGAGCGCACCCGCACCAUCCAGGGGCUCGUCGACUUCAUCAAGAAGUUCCUCAAGCUCGUGGCCUCCGAGCAGCUGUUUAUAUAUGUGAACCAAUCUUUUGCUCCAUCACCAGACCAGGAAGUUGGGACCCUCUAUGAGUGUUUUGGAAGUGAUGGGAAGCUUGUACUCCAUUAUUGCAAAACGCAGGCAUGGGGAUGACUGACAGGCAAUACAGCUGUUUAGCUGUGAUCUUCAGAAACGGAAAAGGCCCUAACCUUCAGAAAUUCUGACUAUAGACAUACAAGAGAAAGGAUUUUUUUUUCUUUUUACAUUUCUGACUAUGAGUAUACUUUUAUAAAAAUAAUUCAGGUGAAUAGCAUGAAAGAGGACCUACCUAAACUAUCCAAUCAUGUAACUAUCUUCUAGUGCCAUCUGGGAUAUAGAAAUCUGCAUGUGCCAGCUGUAGGACAGAGCCGUCUCUUGCUGCUAAGCUCCCAGCUGCUGCUUUUGAAGGGAAACUGUUAAUGUCUUGAGGACCGGACUGCUCUGUCACUGAAUGCUCUCUACUGAAGACAGAGCUAUUUCUUAUUAAAAGGGAUAUUUAUUGCAUAUUAUGGACCGUGUUUCAGUUCAUUUCUGACAUGCACGUGUUAGGUGUGGGUUUUCUUUGUGAAGACUUCAUCUUUAACAUGCAUUAUCUGAUGUAAUUUCUAGAAGAUAUCUUGAAUUUUUCUUAUAAUUAAUACUUGGGUAUUUGUAUAUAGUUUUAGUAUUUCACCUUCUGCCUUCUUUACAUUGUCUGUGCAAAUACCACAUUUAUAUUUGUUCAAUUCUAAACUUAUAUCAUCAGUGUGAUGAUAUGCCUCAGAAAUAUUUUUGCUUCCCUCACACCACACCAGUUAACAUUGUGUAAUAUAUUGUUAAAAAGUGAGCACUCCAGCAGUUGUCAGGGACAAGGUGUUUUUGUUUUCAAUACAUCUUAACAACUAGCAAAAGCUGUUGCAUCUUUCUUUUAAUAAAACUGCCAUACACUGGAAUGCUAAAAGCCUAUUCUGUAUACAUUCCUUUGGGCUGUUUUGUUUUUCUGCUUUGUCAUUUGCAUGUUCUUGAAAGAAUGCACUUUCUCUUCCUUUGGUAAGUCUUACUAAAGUCAUGAGGAUUUUUUUCUUUCAUCCUGGAGAGGACUUAGUACACUGAUGUGGCGGUACUUUUACUUUUUGGGGUGGGAGAACAGUUCUGAAGCUGAAUGAAAUCAAAUGUUAGCUGUUCGCUUGAAGAAUGUUAUUAUGCUGGAUUAUAUUCAAUAUAUAAUACAUUCAUUUGGUUCUUCAGCAAGUACGAUCAAAAUGGCCUGAAGUGUGCUUGUCCAUCACACU